CUUUUAGAGUCCAAAAUCAACCCUAACACUGCAUACCAGAAACAACAGGAUACCUUGAUUGUGUGGUCUGAAGCAGAAAACUAUGACUUGGCUCUCAGCUUUCAAGAAAAAGCUGGAUGUGAUGAAAUUUGGGAAAAAAUAUGUCAGGUUCAAGGAAAGGACCCUUCAGUGGAUAUCACUCAGGACCUUGUGGAUGAAUCUGAAGAGGAGCGUUUUGAUGAUAUGUCAUCACCAGGUUUAGAAUUGCCAUCUUGUGAAUUAAGUCGCCUCGAGGAAAUUGCAGAGCUGGUGGCAUCAUCUUUACCUUCUCCCCUUCGUCGUGAAAAACUUGCACUAGCACUGGAAAAUGAGGGUUAUAUUAAAAAGCUCUUAGAGCUUUUUCAUGUGUGUGAAGACUUGGAAAAUACAGAAGGACUACACCACUUGUAUGAAAUUAUCAAAGGCAUCUUCCUCUUGAAUAGAACUGCUCUUUUUGAAGUUAUGUUCUCUGAGGAAUGUAUAAUGGACGUCAUUGGAUGCUUAGAGUAUGAUCCUGCUUUAUCACAACCACGAAAACACAGGGAAUUUCUAACAAAAACAGCCAAGUUUAAAGAAGUGAUUCCCAUCUCAUCCCAAACGCUACAGCCUCAAAACAGAGAUGCUUUUUUCAAGACCUUGUCAAACAUGGGAAUUUUACCAGCAUUAGAAGUCAUUCUCGGCAUGGAUGAUGCACAGGUGCGAAGUGCUGCUACUGAUAUAUUCUCAUACUUGGUUGAAUAUAAUCCAUCCAUGGUACGAGAGUUUGUCAUGCAGGAGGCACAACAGAAUGAUGAUGACAUUCUGCUCAUCAACCUCAUUAUAGAACAUAUGAUCUGUGAUACAGAUCCUGAACUUGGAGGAGCAGUCCAACUGAUGGGCCUGCUUCGAACUUUAGUUGACCCAGAGAACAUGCUAGCCACUGCCAAUAAAACAGAAAAGACUGAGUUUCUGGGUUUCUUCUACAAGCACUGUAUGCACGUACUCACUGCUCCCUUACUGGCCAAUACAACAGAAGAGAAACCCAGUAAAGAUGAUUUUCAAACUGCCCAGUUGCUGGCACUUGUCUUAGAAUUACUAACAUUUUGUGUGGAGCACCAUACCUACCACAUAAAGAACUACAUUAUCAACAAGGAUAUCCUCCGGAGAGUGCUAGUACUCAUGGCUUCAAAACAUGCUUUCUUGGCAUUAUGUGCCCUUCGUUUUAAGAGAAAGAUUAUUGGAUUAAAAGAUGAGUUUUACAACCGCUACAUAAUGAAAAGUUUUUUGUUUGAACCAGUGGUUAAAGCAUUCCUCAACAAUGGAUCUCGGUACAAUCUGAUGAACUCUGCCAUAAUAGAGAUGUUCGAAUUUAUUAGAGUGGAAGAUAUAAAAUCGUUAACUGCUCAUGUAAUUGAAAAUUACUGGAAAGCACUGGAAGAUGUAGAUUAUGUACAGACAUUUAAAGGAUUGAAACUAAGAUUUGAACAGCAACGAGAAAGACAAGAUAACCCUAAACUUGACAGUAUGCGUUCCAUCUUGAGGAAUCAUAGAUAUCGAAGAGAUGCCAGAACACUAGAAGAUGAAGAGGAGAUGUGGUUUAACACAGAUGAAGAUGAUAUUGAAGAUGGAGAAGCUGUAGUGUCUCCAUCUGACAAAACUAAAAAUGAUGAUGACAUUAUGGAUCCAAUAAGCAAAUUCAUGGAAAGGAAGAAAUUAAAAGAAAGUGAAGAAAAAGAGGUGCUUCUGAAAACGAAUCUUUCCGGUCGGCAGAGCCCAAGUUUCAAGCUUUCCCUCUCUAGUGGGACGAAGACGAAUCUCACCAGCCAGUCAUCUGCACCGAACCUACCUGGAUCUCCAGGUUCCCCUGGGUCCCCAGGCUCUCCAGGCUCCCCUGGAUCUGUCCCUAAAAAUACAUCCCAGACGGCAGCUAUUACUACCAAGGGAGGCCUUGUGGGUCUGGUAGAUUAUCCUGACGACGAUGAAGAUGAUGAUGAGGAUGAGGACAAGGAAGACACGCUGCCAUUGUCAAAGAAAGCCAAGUUUGAUUCCUAA